AGAUAACGUACAUUUCAACUUCAGAUUUCAACGUGUUUUAGUUCCGAUUUAUUAACUGCCAUGGCGUUACUUGACCCAAAAUCGUAUACUGAUAGUGUGCUAGUCGUCGGAGAUGGUAACUUUUCAUUCACGGUUUGUUUAGCGUCAGCGUUAUCAAAGACAUCUGUUAAAAUCGUUGCGACAUCGUUCGACUCGCGCACAGCCUUGGCGAGUAACGAGUUCGCACUGGAAAACAUCGAGAAACUGUCCGCGUUUGAAAACAUCGAGAUCUUACAUGAGGUAGAUGCAACAGAUCUUCGUCGGAAAUUUGGUUCUAGAAAGUUUGAUCGGGUGAUCUUUAAUUUUCCGCACACCGGCGGAAAAUCAAACAUCGCCAAAUCGAGAGAUCUGUUGGAGCGGUUCUUUGCAAGCGCAGCGCACCACGUGGAACGGUUCGAAGGAGAUAUCUGUGUAAGCCUCUGUCAGGGACAGGGGGGAACACCCUUAGAUAAUCCAAGAAGAGAGCUUGGAAACUCGUGGCAGGUUGUUUGCCGAGCUGCAAAGGCUGGUCUUAUUUUAAAUGCUGUGUAUCCAUUCAAAAGUGAAGAGUAUACUGCUUACAGAAGUGCAGGCUUUCGUGGACAGCUUGGCAAAGGUUUUCAUACCAUAAAUGGGCUCACUCAUGUGUUUGUCCAUGGAGUGCCCCUGGAACCAAUUCCAGACCUGCAGUCUUUCAUCUCAAAUUACAGUAGCAUUCUGGACAGUCUUUAUGCUGUGGAUGGCCUCAUCACUUUUCUUAACAAUCCCGUUUGUAAUUUGGUCAAUAAACUCAGAAAAUUCUUUGGAAGUUACAAUAUUUUUGACAUGACUAUUUGGUCCGCACAAGAUUGCUGCCAACCAGAUGAUGUAAGUAAUUUAAGUGAGGAGGCAAAGAAAUUGAAUGUCAAAGAAAAAGCAACAAGGAUGGCUUUCAAAGACUCUGAGAUGUCAUUUACAACCAGAGUCAUCACAAAGCUUCAAGAAGAAUGUUGUUCCUUUGUGUUAAGUGGCACUGAAAUUGAUUUCUGUCUCCCUCCAUCGUCUCAAACACACCCUGUCAGCCACAAAAUGGUAGCAGUGCAGACUUUCACAGAACCUAUAACAUCUUCAAAACUUCAAAGUGAUGUGAACAGUGUGCUAGAAGUGUUUAUUGAAGAUAUUUGUUCUUCUGUCAAAGACUUAAAAAGGGAGAGUGGUUGUCGAGGUGUGACACAGAAAAAUUCCCUUACUAAAUCAAGUUCAGCAGAGUCAGAGACAAGCCAGUUAAAAAAUGGGGUACAAACAAGAUUUCAACAUGUCAGGUGUGCAUCUGGCACAGGCAUUGGAUGUCAUUGUAGAAACCAAGAUGAUCCAAAGAAGUGUAUUUAUUGCAGGAUGGAAAAGCACUAUUUAGGGCAUGAUAACUCUCCACAACUAUGCAUCAAUAACCUUAUACAACCCUCGACAAUGACUAAACUAUAUCAUAAAGACAUGCUGCUUGUAUCUUGUGGUAUUUUAGAUGUCAGCAAGUUUCCAAAAGUUUGUUGUGGUUGGCUGGUGGAAGUUGAUGAAUUUUUCAACUUUGGUAAAGCGUUUGUUCCAUUCAGUCUUUUGCCUCCAUCAUACAUUCAUGACAUAAGUUUCUGGAUAACAGAGCAAAUGACAGAACAACAGUUCUUUCAGGAUAUUUAUGAAACCACUCAAGGAAGUGUUUGUGAUGUUUGGUUUGUUGAACGCUAUCAUGAUGCAGAACAGGACAAAGUGAGUUACAAUUACCGUAUGGUGUACAGCUCAUGUGACAGACCACUGAGUCACAUUGAGACUGUAAAAAUGCAGAACCUGUUAAGAAGAAAGCUUUUGGAUUGUGACUUUCCACUCAAAUAGGUAUUCAGGUUUACAGUGGUAUUGUAAUUGUUACUGUUCAUGCAGGUUUUAGUUUUGCUGACCAGCUUGUCUCUUGAUCAAUUCGAACAAUCUCUGCAAUUUUGGCAGUUUAACUCAAGAUACAAUUACAUGUGAGUGGAAGUGUUUAGAGAACUAAUAUUGUGAUCAGAUACAAUGAAAUAUAUGAAGUUCAUAUAUUGGUAGAGCGCUGCUGCACUAGUAUCGCAGAGGUCAGUG